AGUGUGCUUUUUCAAAUUCGAACCACCGGGCCCCGGGCGCGAUGUGGAAGUGCUGCGUUUCCUUGCAUGACCGUUGGUGUGCAGAGGAGCAAACGGGCAGGUUACAACAUCCCGAUGCGGUUGUGUGUGUCCUCCGGCAUGGCAGUAGCGAGUCAUGUGGGCAGCAUAAAGUGCACGAUCAUGGUGGCUGUGUGCAUUGUCCAUUGCGGUCUCCCUCUUUUGCCCUGUUGUCGCGUCCUGACGACGCACGUGCGUAUGGUAGACCUGUUGAGGAAGACUGCGGUCCUCGCUCUCCUCCUGUUCGCCUUGCUGGCCGUUCUUGUCGUCCAGCUGUGGCAGCUAGGCAGGUGGGCGGCAGUCCAGCAUCGACCGAAGUCGUCGAAGAAGAAGGUUAGGUUCGUAGGUGCGGGAAAGUCGAUGGGGGAUUAUCAUUUAGGGGCGGGGCGUAAAAACGGGAUGGAAAGGGCAUGCUUUACCACCGGGACGGAUGUGCGGGAACAUCGUUUUGACCCGGCGUUGUACUCGCAUCUCCCCUCUUGGCAACAUCCCCUGCCAGACGAUAAUCAUUGGGAACCACCUCCGUCGACUCUUCCACUUGGAUGGGGGUCGACGCAGACUUCUUACGACACGGUGGGGAUACCUCAUCGUCGUGCCAGUUCCUUGGGGCCCAUGUCUGCGCUCCUCGGCGAAGUUCGCGAGGGGGGCGGACAUCCUCUUGAUCUUUAUCUAUCCCCUACAUGCAGCAUGCACGUCUCGAGGACGCUGAUCGUCGACCACAACAACGAUGGUCGCCGUCCCAUGACAGUUGCAACGGAUGUGCCUACGAAGGGAUUGUCCAGCGCGUCAGUGAAUCGACAACAGGAAGUGGCGAUGAAGGACAUUGGUGCGGCUGUUGCUGAUAGCGUGCAGAGGGGUGUAACAGGUGGGACGAUGACAGCGGAAUCCCCGCCUGUCAUUGAACGAAUCAUAGCACGAGUGUCAAACAUGUGUGCGGCGGGCCAUGGUGAACGGGGCGGCAUCGGGAACGUGGGUUGUGAGGAAGAGGGUGAAGUCGAUGGCGACAACGAAGAUGACUCGGAUAGUGGUGACGAGGAGGAGGACGUUGUUCAAAAAGUGACAGCUCGUGGGGGCAAGAAAAAAGCAAGCACUGGCCGUGGGAAAGUGAGGCACUUCGAGGUAGAUGAGAACGACCUCGCUUCCCUGCGGUUCACUGUCGAUUACGGUUUCGCCCGCGGAUUGCUCACACACGUUGUCGCUUUCACGACGAAGGUCGGGGAUGCGAUUCCCGAUCGGUGGGAUUUCGGCGUUGAUGUUCUCGCCGAUCUCGUCGAUCUUUUGGUUUCCAACGUCGCGAUGGAGUUCAACGAUCGCUUAGACAAGGCCGCUGCGUACAGGGUCCACGUGGACCCGCCACUAUACGGUCGUGAGUAUCUGCAUGGCGAGAUCGGGAUUGUUGUGGAUGGUUUUGAGUAGACAUUGUGCGUGACUUCGGGGAUGCGAAGAUCCUUCUCCGUUUCGGCGUGUACUGCACGAAGAGAGAGAGAGAGAGAGAGAGAGAGAGAGAGAGAGAGAGAGAGAGAGAGAGAGAGAGAGAGGUGGAACGUGUUCGACAGGCAAACCUUGUGACGAUGGAUCUAGGCCUUGUUUUUUUUGGGGUCCUGUUGAACAACACGUCGCAGGGUUCUAGUUGUGAGCGCACAAAGAAGCGGACAGUCAUCCUUCUUCCCCGUGUUUUUUUGUGGGUAGAGGCAAUCAAUACUGCCGCGUUGU